AUGCCGAACAAAGAUUUAAAAUGUGGUCUUUAUGUGGACCACUCCCGAGACUUGUCCUCUGCCAUACAAAACGCCACAAACAGCGGUUUCAACUUCGUGGCCACCAAUUUAAUCCAUCCGCGGUCUAAUGAAUUCACGCCACACAGCGAUCUCCUCCUCUCGAGUGCUGAUUGGAAUAGUCUUGUGGUCGGAAUGAUCACUGAUUGUGACCUCAAAGGCAAAGCAUUGGAAAGUUCAGCCAAAAUGGAGGCGGAGAUCACAUAUGCGGUGCACUUGGGUUUACCGGCGCUUCUAUUCCAGUGCCCGUCAUCUGUUGAAGGGAUCUCCCAAUUGUCGCGAUUAAUUAAUUCAAAGAUUACUUCUUUGGGAGGUUUUCAAAAUUUGCCCCAAUUUUGGAUUCAAAUCCCAAUCCAUUCUCCGGUGGAAAGCAGUGAAGUUUGGAGGAAUGAUAGCGACGACAACAACCAUAUGGAGGACACAUGGUUUCGAUGGCAACGAAUUCGGAGUCAUAUGGCUGUCGACAGAAGAGUUGCGAUCGCACUCGAACUCAACGGCGAUUUACCCGAUGAGACAUCUCUUAGUCGUUGGGCCGGAGAGCCCGUCAAAGCUGUAGUCAUCUCCACCUCUAUAUUCCAGACGAAUCGCAAAGAAUAUCCGGUUUUAACGAAAACCCACCAAAUAUUUAUCCGAAAUUUGAUAACCAAAAUGUCAAACGAUAUUCACUUCAUAAUCAAAGGCCACAACAGACACACAGAUAUGAGACAUUACAUCCAAUAUUUGGAGCACAUCCGCAACACUCAGUUACCCCACGAUCAGGUCGCCAACUUCGCCAAAGGCUACGAAGACUUCCUUCAAAUACCACUUCAGCCUUUGAUGGAUAACUUGGAGUCGUGUACUUAUGAAGUGUUUGAAAAGGAUCCCAUUAAAUACGAACAAUACGGAAAGGCCAUUAACGAAGCGCUCAAUGAUUUGGUGACCGACGAAGAAAUAGUGAUUAUGGUUGUGGGCGCCGGGAGGGGACCGUUGGUCGAGGCGAGUAUCAACGCGUCCCAAAACGUGAGAAAACGUGUUCACAUAUUUGCUGUGGAGAAGAACCCGAACGCAGUGGUGACUCUGCAAACACUUCGAGAGCAGCGCUGGGGUGGAGAUAAUGGCACUGAAUUCGCGAAGAUUGAUGUGAUUGCAUGUGAUAUGAGAGACUGGGAAGCGCCCAAAAAGGCAGAUAUAGUCAUAUCAGAGCUUUUAGGUUCGUUUGCGGACAACGAGUUGAGUCCCGAGUGUUUGGACGGCGUCUGGUCUUACGUGAAAGAGACGGCUAUUUCAAUACCGCUCUCUUAUACCUCAUAUUUAGCUCCAAUUCAAUCGCAGAGACUUUAUUGCGAGGCCUCACAGCUCAAGGAGAGAGAUAAGCCCUCCUAUGGUGUGUUUGAAACGGGAUAUGUUGUGUAUAUGAGGAACUUCUACGCCAUCGAUGCGCCCAAACCUCUAUUCACUUUCACUCACGACAAUCUCACUCUAAAGCCUUCCCAAAGAGAUAACUCCCGAUUCAAAUCACUUGAAUUUGUGGCAAAAGUGGAUACUGUUUGUCAUGGAUUUGCCGGAUAUUUCGAGGCAACUCUUUAUAAAGACAUCACACUAUCAACUGUUCCCUCAUCUCAUACCACAGGAAUGUUCAGUUGGUUUCCAAUCUAUUUCCCGAUCCACAGCCCAGUCUUGAUUAGAGCCGAUGAGACACUGAAAGUCGACUUUUGGAGACUCACUAAUCGGCGCCAGAUUUGGUACGAAUGGCUUAUUUCACAUCCCAUUCCGUCGACUAUCCAUAACCCAAACGGGAGAACCUAUUCUAUCGGCUUAUUGUAAUGUUUGCAUCGAUUCCCUUAUUUUUCACUAUUCUUUAGCCAAAUGUAAUCAAAAUUGUAUUGUUUUUAAAAUAUUGUGCAAACAUUAAAACUAAGAGUAAACUAAUGCUGUUUUAGAAAUACGAUAUUGUUUUUAAUUUGAAUACAAAUAAUGUGUAAACCC